AUGAAUGACCAACAAUUCGUGUUGAAUCACAUUAAAAAGUAUGGUUAUGGUCUGCAAUUUGCUUCUUCGAAAUUACAAGAACAGAGAGAUGUUGUGAUGCAAGCACUUCACAAUGCAUCAGAAUUUGCAUCAGAGUCUUGUACACAAUUGUCAUUUGCAAGUGCAUCUGUUAGAAAUGAUCGAGAAGUGGUAUUAACAGCCAUUAAGCAACAUGAUCAUGCAUUACAAGCUGCCUCAAAAGAACUUCUUCAAAGCCGAGAAUUUGUAUUGGAUGCAGUUCGACUCAAUGGAGAUGCUUUGAAGUAUGUUCCUAGCUCUCUUCGAACGGACAGAGAAAUUAUUUUAACUGCAAUGAAGCAAAAUGGGGCAUUGAACGCUGUGAUCAGAGAUCUAAGAUCAGACCAUGAAAUAAUUUUGGAAGCAAUCAAAAAGAAUAAGAAUGCACAUUCAUCAAUUCCUAGUCAUUUAUCAUCAGCUCAGAAAUUGUUGUUGAAAGCGGUCAAAUUAAUGAUUCCGGAAUUUGCAUCUUUAGAACGGCUUGAUUAUUCAAACAAGGAAAUGAUGAUUAAGGUUUUUCAGGAAUUUCCAUUACCUUACCAAUUUAUAUUCAAAAAAUUGAACAGUAAUAAGGACUUUAUGUUACACGCAGUUAGGAAUAAUGGUUUGGCAUUGAAAUUUGCCUCCGACUGUCUGAAAAGAGACAAGGAAGUUGCUCUUGCAGCUGUUUCCCAUGAUGGCUGUGCAUUGGAGUUUGUGUCUUUUGAAUUACGAGCAGACAAGGAGAUUGUAUUAGCUGCUGUCCAUCAAAAUUGCUAUUCUCUUGUUCAUGCAUCCUAUGAGAUGAAGCUUGAUAAAGAGGUUGUUUUAACUGCAGUGCGAAAAUAUGGUGAUGCACUUGAUUAUGCUUCAGACGAGUUAAAGAAGGACAAGGAAGUUGUUUUAACUGCAGUGAGCCAAUAUGGUAGUGCUCUUGAAUUUGCCUCCGAUGAAUUGAAGAAGGAUAAGGAAGUUGUUUUAACUGCAGUGAGACAAUAUGGUAAUGCACUUGAAUUUGCAGAUGACCAUUUGAAACGUGAUCCGCAAGUUGCAUUAGCAGCCAUCCAACAAAAGAUGCCAGCACUAGCCUAUGUUCAUGAAGAGUUAUUACGGGAUGAACAAUUCUUGUUAGAGGCAAUUAAGAUGGGAUGUAAUAUCUUGUUUGCAUUUGUUCCGAGAGAAAUUUCGAGUAACAAGGAAUUUGUACGACGGGCCAUGAAACAAAACUGCAUGGCUACCAUUCAGUCCUGUUGGUCGGUUUAUAAGCAAGUGUCAGACAAGGAUAUCAUGUUAGAAGCAGUGAAGAAUAAUGGAUAUUCAUUGAGCUAUGCAAGUGAAGAAUUACAACAAGAUCCAGAACUUGUUUGGGAAGCUCUCAAUAAUAAUGGAUAUACUUUGAACAAGUACAGUGAUGAAUUAUAUCAAGAAAGAAUGAAACAAUGUUAUUAUGGAGCUUAUUUAGGAACAAUGGAGAAGUGUUCUCAAUCAUGGUGCCUUUUUAAAAUCAUAAAGAAUGCGAAACUGCCGGUUGGGAUCAACAAUAAAUAUAUCAAAUAG